GAAGCUAAAUCCAGCUGUUCUAUCCAGUUCCUCCCGCUUUCUCCACCUCCCGGUCGCACCCAGGCUAAUAUUCUCAAGUCUUCAAGUCGGCAGCAGGGCAUGAUGGGCAGGACAGCAGAGCCGCAGAGUCUGCGAAGCGAGUGAAGAGAGGCGCCUGGAGCACACAAGGGCAGUGGGCUCGCAGGCCGGGACCCCUGACUGGCGCAGACUACAAAGAGGCCCCCGCAGUAGAACGCGUCGCCUGGCUACCGCCAUCGAGUUGUCUUCUCCAGGACCUCCAGGGUCGGACCUGAGUUCCCACGGUCGGCAACCCGGGCCCAGUGCACUCGCAGGCCUCCCCUCCAAUGAUCCAGAAGUCACGCCCGGCGCUGCUGCAGCCUCAGGAUGUUGGAGACAGAGUGGAAACUCUUAUGUUGCAGCCAGUAGUCAAAGCUUUCUUAUGUGGCUCCAUCAGUGGAACCUUCUCCGCCCUCCUUUUCCAACCCCUGGAUCUCCUCAAAACGCGCCUGCAGACUGUCCAGCCCUCUGCCCAUGGAUCCAGACGCGUUGGGAUGUUGGCUUUGCUCUUGAAUGUGGUUCGCACAGAGAGUCUGCUGGGCCUUUGGAAAGGGAUGUCUCCUUCCAUUGUCAGGUGUGUCCCUGGAGUUGGAAUCUACUUCGGCUCGCUCUACUCUUUGAAGCAGUACUUCCUGCGAGGCCACCCCCCCACCGCCCUGGAGUCAGUUAUCCUGGGGGUGGGCUCCCGCUCAAUUGCAGGGGUCUGCAUGUCACCCAUCACUGUGAUCAAGACACGGUAUGAGAGUGGGCGGUACGGCUAUGAGAGCAUCUACUCAGCCCUGAGGAGCAUCUAUCACAGCGAGGGGUACCGGGGCCUCUUCAGUGGCCUGACAGCAACACUCCUUCGUGACGCCCCCUUUUCUGGAAUCUACCUGAUGUUUUACAACCAGACCAAAAACAUUGUGCUCCAUGACCAGUUGGAUGCAGUCCUUGUACCUGUUGCAAACUUCAGCUGUGGGAUAUUUGCUGGUAUUCUGGCCUCACUGGUCACUCAGCCCGCAGAUGUUAUCAAGACGCACAUGCAGCUCUCCCCGGUGAAAUUUCGGUGGAUUGGCCAGGCAGUGACACUCAUUUUCAAAGACUAUGGGCUGCGUGGCUUCUUCCAAGGCAGUGUUCCCCGGAUCCUCCGCAGGACUCUGGUGGCAGCCAUGGCGUGGACAGUCUAUGAAGAGAUGAUGGCCAAGAUGGGCCUAAAGUCCUGACCAAGUGGGGACUGGGCAGAGAUGGGAUCUAUUGCCCAUAUUGUUUUAUGCCAAGGGCCACUUCAUCUCACUAGCCGGGAACAGGAUGAAGUCCUACCUGGAAAGCCAGGCAGACAUGUCACCCUCACUUACCCAGUUCAAACAGAGAAUUGGUGGGCCUUGACUCAAGCCUUCCAAAUCUCCAGAAGAGGAGUCACUGAUACGGACACACAGUGGGGAGUUAAGAGAAGGGUUUGCAUGCCCUGCAAUGCUACUUGAAAAGGUAUUUCCAGAGAGAGCUCUGUCAGGUGGCUCUGCACAGCCACCUACACCACGGUUCCUCUUUGGAUCUGCUCUUGGGCAAGGAAUUGCAACACCAAGGACGCUGUGGGCUGAGGACUCCAGCAGGGAUCUGGAUCUACAGAGAGGAGCCACUGUCACCAGUGGCUGGAUCUGCAUCUGAGGGGAUGUUAGGAUAAGGAAGAAAAUAUGUCACCACUUGGUUCCUAAUCAAUUUCUCAGAGGCUCCAGUGCAGGGAGACCAUGGCUUCCUAGCCUCUACGUAUCCAAAUAAUACUUUUGAUCUUGGCCCCUGCACUGUUUCAACUCCUAGUUGUUCUGCCACUUUUCUGCAGCUGAAGUUGCGAUAAAUAAAGUGAAGCACUUUAUCACUGAAAAA